AUGAGUGCAAGUGUAGCAGAUAAUGCUUCAGAAAGGGAAAUGAUUGAUUUUUCAGAAGAUGAGCAUUUGAGUUUCUUUUAUAAUAUUGAUCAAAUAUAUACUGAAUUACCAGGAGUUAUAUCUAAUUAUGGAACCUUUGCAUAGUCUUUAUAGAUUUGCAGACAAUUGAGUAAUUAGAUUAUCAGGAACUCAAUUGCCGAAGCAUAAGAGAGAUUCAUUUUAAGAAAUAUUCCUAUUAACGCAAUAAAUGAAUUAUAGGCUCAAACUAAUUUAAUAUUGAAUUGCAAUUUAAAUGAUGGAGGUAUCGAAGAGGAAACUUGUCAAUUAGAUGAAGAUUACGAACCAGAACCAAUUUAUAGUGAUAGAUGGAGAAGGAAUAGAGUUUUAGUUAUGCAGGAAGUAGAGAGUUAAGAAAAAGAAGAUAUAGAUGAAAAAUUGAACAAUGAUAAUAGCAAAUCUAUUUCGAAAUCAAAAUUAUUUGAUACUAGAAAAAAUACAGUUAGACUUCCUACUACUCCUCCUGCUCCGAAUUAAAUGGGGGCUAAGUUAAUCUAAGUUUAUCAAGAAGAAUUUGAGGAUGAAUUUGAAGAUAAACUUAGAAAUGCUAAAUUGUACGAGAUGAAGAAGAAGAAUGAAAUCGAAUAAAAAAAGAAAGAAGAUAAAUUAUAAAGCCAAAUAGAAAAGAAGGAUGGGGCCACUUAAAAAUAUACUUAUGAUUUUGAUGGGAAAAUUAUAUUGGCUAGAGCAAUUAAAAUGGAUAAAUUAUAGCCUACCAAUCAAAAAUUGAGAGUUGAGUUGAAAGAAUAAACUAGAUAAGAUCAAUAACCAAGUGUAAAGAAGGGAGGAAGAAGGGACUCAACCAAAAUCAACAGACCAUAAUGUCCAGAAUAGGAAAUACCUAAUAGAGUUAUAUAAGAACGGAGGGAUGCUGCAAAAGAAGUAAUCGGAGACAAAGCAUUAAGAAUUGAUAAAACUUCUUAAUUUCCUUAUGAAGUAUUUACAAUGAAUAAUGGAGUAAAAUUAUAUUAUGAGCAAAAAAUGAAAGAAGGGGUAAGACAUUAAAUUAGUGAUUCAGCUGAAAAUUUGUAAAUUAAAUUAUCAGGUUCUAAUUUAGUAUCUGGAGAUGACGCAGCAUAAUUUGCAUCAUAAAUUAGAUUAACAAAGGCAGAAUACUAAUUGAUAACAGACGCUCAAACCUUACAAUAAACUAGAUAAUAAUUCCUACCAUCUGAAAACAUUAAUAUUCCUGAACAUGACUAGUAAGUCACUCAACAAUCCAUUUUAUUAAAAAAAAAUAAGGCUAACCUUAGCAAUCCUAAUCAUCUUACUGACUCUAAAUAAGUCUAAUUUAAUGCUGGAAUUUCAUAGUUAAAUCCAUUCAAAAGAGAAAGUCCAAUACUAUAAUCUGCCCAAACUGAAAGAAUCUAACUUAAGAAUGUUAAAAUGAUUGAAAAUCUAAUAGUCACUGGUGUUCCUGAUACACCUAAAUCAUCAAAACCUGAUUAACCACCUACAUCUCUCCCUGAUAAUGCUUCUACUAAUCCAAUCGAUCUCUUCAAUUAAUAAUUGCUAACCCAAAAGGAAUGGGGUAAACAAGGUGGAGGCAAAACAUCUUACUUUCCUCCAGUUAAACAAUAGAAGAGAUCUUUAGAAACUAAAGCAUACAAAGGCUCAUUAGAACAAAUGUACAAAAUGCCAAGGGAGCGAUUAGUUGCUUAAACUGGAAGAACAGCGAUGAACUUUUAUAAAUAAAACUCUGAUGGUAUAUAUAUUCUUAUUAUGGGUUUUUCAGGAGCAAAGAAAAUUGGGAAGUCAGUCAGUGAUGGAUUUAUGCAAACAUUUUAUACGACUCAUACAAAAUUCAGCGAAAAACUUAGAUAAUGA